AUGCAGAGCCUCGUGGCGCGCCGCCUCGGCCUCCCAUACGUCUCGCAGCUCGCGUUUGAGGUCGUGCCAUUGGGCGACAACGGCCUCGACGUGGCGACCAUCGACAUGCAAGACGGUCGCAUCCAUAUCUCGGGCUCGAGCGCCACCGCGAUGGGCUACGCGCUCCAUUCGUACUUGAAAGACGUCGUCCACACGCAGGUCAACUGGGACAACCACGCGCUGCGGCUGCCGCCCGUGCUGCCGCCCGUGCCAUCGCGCACGACGCUGGCCAAGGCGUCCAAGGUCACGUACUACCUCAACAUUUGCACGCACUCGUACUCGAUGUGGGCGUGGGACUGGACGCAGUGGGAGACGCACGUCGACUGGAUGGUCCUCAACGGCAUCAACAUGCCGCUCGCGAUCACGGGCCAAGAAAAGACGUGGCAAGAGACGUUCAAACACUUUAAUGUCUCGUCACAAGGCCUUGAUCGGUUCCUUGGCGGCGCGGCCUAUCUCGCGUGGGAGCGCAUGGGCAACAUCCGCGGCGACUGGAGCCCGCUCGGUCGCCUGCCGCAGCACUUUAUCGACGCCCAGCACGCGCUGCAGCUGAAGCUUCUCAGCCGGUACCGUGAAUUUGGCAUGCUGCCGGCGCUGCCAGCGUUUGCCGGCCAUGUCCCGGACGAGAUGCGCACCUUGUACCCAUCGGCGAGCAUGCGGCAGUCGGACCAGUGGGCCGGCUUUGACCGCAACUACACGUGCGUGUACAUGCUCGACCCGACCGACCCGCUCUACCGCGCGGUCGGCAAGGCCUUUUUGACGACGCAGCAAACGCUCUACGGCGGCUACACGUCGUCGCUGUACUCUGCGGAUACAUACAACGAGCUCUUGCCGCACACGUCGGACCACGCGUAUCUCCGCGCCUCGUCCAACGCGGUCAUCGAGUCGAUGCUGGCGGUCGACCCGAACGCUGUCUGGCUCAUGCAAGCGUGGCUCUUCAUCUCGAUGCGCGAUUACUGGACGCAGGACAAGGUGCAAGCGUACCUCGACGGUGUCCCAAACCACCGCAUGCUCGUGCUGGAUCUCUACAGUGAGGAAGCUCCGUUCUACGCGCCCACCAAAAACUACUAUGGGAAGGACUGGGUCUUCUGCGUCUUGCACACCUUUGGCGGCAACCUCGGGCUGCACGGCAACCUCCCACACCUCGCAUCGGCGCCUAUUGCAGCGAAAGCGCAGAGCCAUGGGACCAUGGUCGGUCUCGGGCUCACGAUGGAGGGCAUUUUCCAAAACUACGUCGUGUACGACCUCAGCCUCGACAUGAACUGGCAGUCGACGCCGCUGAACGUGUCGAGCUACGUGGCACGGUACGUGCGUAGCCGGUACCACGUGGCGUCGCCGCACGCGCAAGCCGCCUGGACGUCGCUGACCGCUGCCGUCUACUCCGGUCGUGACAAGCACAACAACCUCAUGACGUUCCGACCUCGCUUCAACAUGCUCGCGUACCGCCCCGUGCUGCACCAUUUGAAAGUGCGGGGCGAGCCGGUGCGCGACGCGUGGCGCCAGCUGCUCGACGCCGCGACGGCCACGCCCGGGCUCGCGACCACCGACGCCUUCACCCACGACCUCGUCGACGUGGCCCGGCAAGGUCUGAGUGACCUCAUGAGCACGUACUACGAGACGUUUCUCGACCUGUACCACGCGCCAACGACGACGACGGUCCCGGUGCUGCGAGCCCAGGCCAAUGCGAUUCUGACCUUGAUGUGGGACUGCGACCGGGUCCUGGCGACACACCCAGACUUCCUCCUCGGCCGCUGGAUUGCGGACGCCAAGCGGCUCCAGGCAUCGGGCGACGCGGCGUACUUUGAGUUUGAAGCGCGCGUGCAAAUCACGACAUGGAGCCUCAACGACAUUCUCAACGACUAUGCGCGGAAAGAGUGGGCCGGUGUCGUUGGCGACUACUACCUUGGGCGGUGGCAUCUCUGGCUCCAGGCAGUCGUCGCUGCAUUCGCUGCCAAACGUCCGGUCGACGACGCCGCGAUAAACGACCUCCUGCGUGCCUUUGAGCACAAGUGGCUCUACGACACUAAAGUCUACCCGACGCACGGAGUCGAUGAUCCGGUCGCGGUCGCUGCCGAGCUCUGGACCAAGUACUAUGCGGGCGCCCUUGCAACGACCAAAACGACAGAGACGGUGUGGUCGGACGACUCGGUGACGAGCUCGUGGCCCGCGCUGACCGACAUGUAG